AUGGAGCAAGUGCGAGUCAACCCGGUCAUUCCAGGCUUCGCCCCUGACCCUUCGAUUGUCUAUGUCGAUGGCACCUACUUUCUUGUCAAUUCCAGCUUCCACAUAUUCCCCGGAUUACCAGUAUAUGCAUCAAACGACCUUAGGCGGUGGAAGCAUAUUGGUAACGCUUUGAAUCGCCCUGGACAAUUAAGUCUCCGACACUCUGUCACCAAGAUCGUCGUCGACCCGACUGUCCCAGAAGACAAGGUACUCGCGCAGGGAGGAAUUUAUGCCCCCACGAUCAGAUAUCACAAGGGCACCUUUUACAUCGUCUGCACCAAUGUCCUACAUAAGCAAUCCCAAGCACCAGAUGUGAGUGAAUAUGAAAAUUUCAUCUUGUCAACCACAAACAUCUGGGCCGACGAAUGGAGCGACCCGAUCUUCUACGAUUUCAAAGGGAUUGACACCAGUUUGUUCUGGGACAACGACGACCGCGUAUACCUCGUCGGCGCUGCUUCUUCUCCCAAUGCCAAGACCAAGAUCCGGCAAUUCGAGAUUGAUCUCAAGACAGGGGCAAAACUCUCCGAGGAAAAGUUACUCUGGGAGGGAGUCACUAAGGUAUACCCUGAGGGUCCGCACAUGUAUAAGAAGGACGGAUGGUAUUACCUUCUUAUUGCCGAAGGUGGCUGUUUUGCUAAUCACCAUACCAUAAUGUCAAGGUCGCGGGAUAUCUGGGGUCCGUACGAGGUGAAUCCAGCAAACCCGGUGAUGAAGAAGGCGGAUCCCAGUGCAUAUAUCCAGCACACAGGUCACGGCGAUCUUUUCCAGAGUCCCUCAGGACAGUGGUACUUUGUGUGCCUGGGCGUCAGAAAGACCAACGGUCGGUUCAUCAUGGGUCGCGAAUCUGUCCUCACCACGGCCACCUGGCCCGAGGGUGAAUAUCCGAAGAUAGAUCCUGUCCAAGUGGAUGCGUUGCUUGCCACCAAGGGAGGUGAUUUACCUGUAUGGCCUGCCAGCAGGACGGCCGACCGCCCUGAUGUGGCUUUCGUCCAUAUCCGCGAUCCCAUUGGAGAACAUUAUAAACUGGAGGGAAACAUCAUCUCCCUGACGGCAACGAAGGCGGACGUAUCUCAAUCAGACGAGCCAGUAACAUUCAUUGGCAAGCGUCAGAGACGCCUAACGGGCUCGAGUUCAGCAGUACUAGGUCCCUUUGUGCCAUCAAAGCUCAAGGGCUCUGCUCUCAAGACUGGGCUGUGCUACUACAAAGAUGAGCACCGCUUCAUCCGUGCUUUCCUAGACGUGGAUCUUGGGGGUGUGGUCCUGGAGAUUGUCAAUAAGGCGAAGUCUAUUGAAUUGAGGACAGCUUAUCACCUUGGCGUCCUGAACAGCGACACAAGUAUUGCGUUCGGUUUUGACCAUACUGAGGUGGAGUUUGUGUUCUGGUAUGCAGCAAGCAACAACCCAGAGGGGAAGAAGGAACUUGGGAGAGUAGAUACCCUUGACAUGACUGGGCUUGACUUCGUGGGACCUAUUAUUGGGAUCUUUGCCACAAGCGAUGUGGAGGUAGAAGCUCGGUAUUCCAGCUUUGUUGUAGCAUGA